CUUGCACUUUGAUUUAAUACCGUUCAUUACGUCACUGCGUGUCAAAGACUGCAGUGUUUCUCACGAAGUUCUUGUUUGUAUUAAAUUAUUCUGUAAUUAAUUUGUUAAUCUAAAUACUUCUUAAAGAAACAAAUAAUUUAGUUAAAAAUGUCUGCAACUGAAGCUGCACCUCCAGCGGAAGGUCAAGAAGGUGCCGCUGAAGGUGGUGAUGCACCUAAACCUCCAAAUCCUCAGCAUCAAGCUGCAUCUAGAAGGUUACAACAAACUCAAGCCCAAGUUAAUGAGGUUGUAGACAUUAUGCGUACAAAUGUUGAAAAAGUCCUAGAAAGGGAUCAAAAGUUAUCUGAGCUGGAUGAUAGAGCUGAAGCCCUACAACAAGGUGCCUCACAAUUUGAACAACAGGCUGGAAAACUGAAGAGGAAAUUUUGGUGGAAAAACUGCAAGAUGAUAAUUAUUAUGGUCAUUAUUGGAGUUGUAAUCGUUGGAGUUAUUGGCGCUUACUUGUACAUGUGAUGCCCAGAAUUAUUUUACUUCCUUGCUGUCUCUCGUGGUUUCACCUUUACGAAAUUUGUAAAAAUUAUCUACAAUGGGGUUUUGAAUUAGACAAGUAGGUAUGUUUAAGCUAUAAUUAGGUAACUAAUAGCAGUCUGUUUCAUUUUUUUUUUAUUUCACCUCUUUGUGUAUCUCUUUUUCUUUAAUUUUUGAAAUCCCAUUCCUGAAAGAAAAGUUUUCAAAAAUAGGUGAGUUUCAUGAUGUAGUGUUAGAAGAAGGAAUGGAAUCAUUG